AUGUCCGGUUCACAGUCCCCGCAGCCAAAGCCCGGCGCCACAGGCACAGGCAAUACCACAAACACAAGCACAGGAUCUAAGCGUCGGUCUGCGCUUCUCCUCGUCGGCGGUCUCGUAACCUUUGCCAUCCUGUCCUUGGGCCUGGGACUUGGGCUGGGCCUUGGUCUAGGGCUCAAGAACCGCGUUAGCUCCUCGUCUAGUCCCACGGCCUCUUCCCCAGCGGCUUCCGGCUCACCCCUGCCUGGGUCUGGGGCCGAUCCAAACGCGAAGCUCGAGAAAUGGAGGCUUGACCCUAGCCAGUACGUCCUGAACACAUCAUGGGACAUCCAUGCGGCUCCGACAACGAGGCGCUAUGACUUUGUUAUCACGGAGGGCCAAGGCUGGCCCGAUGGUGUUGUCCGCGACAUGCUCUUCAUCAACGGCCAGUUUCCGGGUCCGCUGAUCGAGGCCAACAUGGGCGACCGCCUCGUCGUCAACGUCACCAACAAGCUGUCGGCCAAUUCCACAGCGAUCCAUUGGCACGGCAUGUACCAGAACGGCACUAACUGGUUCGACGGCACCACGGGCAUCACCCAGUGCGGCAUACCGCCCGGCCAGUCCCUGGUGUACAACUUCACGCUCGAGCAGUUCGGCACGUACUGGUACCAUUCGCACUAUGGCAUGCAAUAUCUGGAUGGCGUCUUGGGUCCCCUCAUUAUCCACGCCCCUGACGAGGCUGAUGUGAGGCAUCUGUACGAUCAGGAGCGUGUCGUCCUCAUCCAGGACUGGUACCACGAUGUUAGUACGGUCAAUCUCGAGACUUACCUGGCCCCCGACAACGAGAAUACGGAGCCUAUCCCGGACAAUGGCUUGAUCAACGGGAUGGCAUACUUCAAUUGCUCGUCGUACGACUCAAAUUCUGGGCACACGUGCUUUGACAAUAGCACGUACUCCGUCUUGUCCUUGGAGCCGAAUACCCGCACCCGAGUGCGCUUCAUUAACACGGGUGGCUUUACCGAGUUCGAACUCAGCGUGGACAACCACACACUUUCUGUCAUUGAGGCCGAUGCGACGCUUGUUAAGCCGGUGUCAGUCCACAGAGUCCCCAUCCACGUCGCGCAACGAUACAGCGUAAUCCUCGAAACCAACCAGUCAACAUCGACCAACUACUGGCUGCGCGGCGCCAUGAUGACUAACUGCUUCACCGGCGACAACCCGGUGCUGGACCCAACCACCAGGGCCGUCAUCUCCUACUCGGGGAACAGCACCGUACUGCCCAGCGAGGGGGCCUCGGUGGACUGGACAGACGCGCUCCCAGUGCACUGCAUCGACCUGGAGGAGAGCAAUCUGGUCCCGGCGACCCAAAACCCACCGCCAGGCGCCACCAAGAUGUGGCGCAUCGACUUCAGCUUCGGCAUCGGUGCCUACCAGCUCGACAGAGCCAAGGUCAACGGGACGUCAUGGUCGCCGCUGGACAACACCACCACCCUGCUGCAGGCCAUCGACGGCCUGAGUGGGAGCGGGGGUAAUUCUCACAAAACAGAAGCGGGCAGCAACAACAACAACAGCAACAGCAGCAGCUGGGCCGUCGACGGCCCAAUCGAAGCAUUCGGCUCAGACCAAUUCGUCGUCGGCGUCAGCACCACCAACAACAACCAAAUCGACGUGAUCGACAUCCUACUCUACAGCCUCGACGAAGGCUCCCACCCGUUCCACCUGCACGGCCACGAGCUGUGGAUCCUCCAGCGAGGCGCGGGCCCCUUCAACUGGACCGACUACCACGCCAACACCUACCCAGCCAACGCGCCGCGCAACGCCCACGCCCUCCGCCGCGACACCUUCACCGUGCCGCCGUACUCGUGGGCCGUGGUCCGGUUUGUGGCUGAUAAUGCUGGCUUGUGGGCUUUUCACUGCCAUAUUGCCUGGCACCUUGAGGCUGGGCUUAUGAUGCAGUUUGCUAGUCGGCCUGAUGUGUUGGCUAAGAUGGCUGUGCCGGAGGAUGUUAGGGGGUUGUGCGCGGCUGCGGGUGCAGGUGGGGGCAGCUAA